GAUCAUCAUCAGAACACAGAGACAAAAACACUUUUUAACUUAGUCUUUGCCAAAUCAGUCAAUAAGGCUUGGGUUUACGAUAUGGAGAGCAUCUCGAGUACAUGGAUUCUUAACUAUGAAUCUAAGACGCACGUCGUCAAUUCCAAAAUUUCAGGAUCCUUCUCAAUAAGUAUCCGAGUAGUUGAGCGGACUCUUGUCCGGAGUCCUAGCGGUCAUGAAUUUCUGGCUAAACAAAAAGCCGUAGCGGAGAGAAACGAAGCAGUAGUAGAAAUCCCAUAUAUUUUCCUUGCUUCGGAAGAAAUAUGCAGAGGAUAUAUUGCUAACGUCUUUACCAAGGCAAAGAUCGAGGACUGGACUCAAGACCUCAUCGUUCCAAAAAUCAGCAGAGACGCGAUUAGUAUGAGCCGCCGCCUUGGAGAAAAAGGGAUAAAAGGCUUCCUGCUUGAAGCUGACGUUGAAAUUGUUCAAGAAAGAUGGCUGGAUAACUGGUUAAACCCCAGAGAUUAUGACUCUCAAGGUCGUCUAAUACCAGUAGAGCAAGACUGCACAAUCUGUCUAGAAGAGUUAUCAUUAGGUGGUCAAAGGAAGAUCAUGAAAUUGUGUUGUUCCCACAAUUUUCACAGGGAUUGUAUUCUGACGUGGCUGAAGCGCAAGCAUUCAUGCCCAACUUGUCGUGACGAUGUCCAGAAUCCCCGACCGCAAAAAGAAGUGGAAAGUUUGAUGUUUUGUUGAAGAAAAACAAAAAUAGUGGUUUUCUUGGGUUGUCCUCUUAGAUUCUGAUUUCGAGGAAAUUACUUGUAAAAGGAUCUAAAAGAUCUCUCUUUCUCUUACUAUGUUAUGAUCGAGUAAGUAAUUUUAUGGGCUCAGUGUGAGCUUUAAUAAGUAAAAUGAGUUAUG